GUGCACUCGUUCUCAGGACUAUAUAAGCAUCCAGUGCUUGCUUAAAGGAAUCACAUCCUUCCAAAGUCUCAAGCACAAUGAAGGGGUUGGCAGUGAUCCUCGCGAGCCUCUGUUUCCUGGCGGUUUCGCUCGCCGUUCCCGAUCGGCUUGGUGGGCAUCAUAACCACCCUCCGCAUGCCCACCCGCCACCACCACAUAGGCCUCUUACGUAUGUGCCCCCCACCAAAGCCCCGCCCUACACUACUGCCCCUACCCCAUCCUACUUGCCCUACACCACUGCCCCUACCCCAACCUACCGGCCCUACACCACUGCCCCUACCCCAACCUACCGGCUCUACACCACUGCCCCUACCCCAACCUACCGGCCCUACACCACUGCCCCUACCACAACCUACCGGCCCUACACCACUGCCCCUACCCCAACCUACCGGCCCUACACCACUGCCCCUCCCCAACCACCGGCCCUACACCACUGCCCCUCCCCCAACCUACCGGCCCUACACCACUGCCCCUCCCCCAACAUACCUGCCCCCCACACCCCAAAACCACCAACAUACUUGCCCACCACAACUACCAGGACCCCAUCCUAUACAUAUGGGCGAACAACAACAACAAAGCCGAAGUACUGGUUCGAGUGGACAGUAAACGACCAUUAUUCCGGUAACGAAUAUAACAUGAAGGAACACCGUGACGGAGAAAAGACCGAGGGAUUCUACAACGUUUUACUUCCUGACACGCGAGUCCAGAGAGUCACUUACACUGUCGACGGCGACUCCGGUUUCGUGGCUGAAGUUACUUACGAAGGAGAGGCGAAGGAACCCACACAUGGACACGCUUAUCUGCCUCCUACACCUCCUCCUUCCAUCUAUGGCGCUCCUCAUUAUUCUCGAUAAGCUUCUCUCAAUUAUUUAUUACUUAAUAUUCUAGCCUUAGCAAAAGUAACAUAUGAAUGGCAGACUAACAAUCAUCAAUGAUUUUCUGAUGUGACUAAAGAGCUGAAAUAAAGUAAUUGGCAGCUUAAAGCCAUAUGUACA